GGGAGAGUCAAAAUAAUUCAUUUAAUUCAUCUGGGACAGUCUCCAUUCACGAUCGGAGAUGCAUUCUUGUAAAGGGUUCCAUCCCGCGUCGGAGACUUUCCUGUCUCUCAUUGGCCCCGGUCUGCUGUUUGCUUGCCCAGUCUCGGCUGUGGCUGUCAUUGGCCCUGUCAAGUCAAGCACCGCUGCACCGGUCGGGUCCUUAGGUAAUCUCUCAUCUCGGACUCGCUUUAAUCUCCGCUCUUUCUCUCUCAGCACCACAACUGUGUUCCCAGCGCCGUAGCCAAAACCGCCACCUGUUUUUGCAACCACUGAUUACACUAUCACCGACAGUGCUGCUCAUGGUGUUCCACCGGUAGACCAUAGACGGUCGACUGAAUUCCCUGAGGAUCUCUGCAGGAUGGUCUUCCGGAUGCUUGGGCUCCAAGCGUUGGAGGUGUGU